CUGUCUCUUUUUCGCUCCGCUACAACAACAAACGUGCGCUGGGGAAGAGGGCAGGGCGCUCACGGGGGACGCGCAGGGAGGGCCCGAGGCGCCAGGAGGCCGCGCCGGGCGAAUCCGCAGGGGCUGCUAAGGGAGGCUGCAACCGGGUCAAUGUGUGGAAUAUUGGGGGGCUCGGCCGCACACUUCGCCAAAUGGACGGGACUAUUAAGGAGGCUCUGUCGGUGGUGAGCGACGACCAGUCCCUCUUCGACUCCACUUACGGAGCAGCGGCCCAUCUCCCUAAGGCUGACAUGACUGCCUCAGGGAAUCCUGACUAUGGCCAGCCUCACAAAAUCAAUCCCCUCCCACCGCAGCAAGAGUGGAUUAAUCAACCAGUGAGGGUCAGCGUCAAGAGGGAGUAUGACCAUAUGAACGGGUCCAGAGAGUCUCCAGUGGACUGCAGUGUUAGCAAAUGCAGCAAGCUCGUUGGUGGAGGCGAGUCCAACCCCAUGAACUACAACACCUACAUGGACGAGAAGAACGGCCCCCCUCCUCCCAACAUGACCACCAAUGAGCGGAGAGUCAUCGUUCCCGCAGACCCCACACUGUGGACGCAGGAGCAUGUGCGGCAGUGGCUGGAGUGGGCAAUAAAGGAAUACGGCUUGAUGGAGAUUGACACUUCCUUCUUCCAGAACAUGGACGGCAAGGAAUUGUGCAAAAUGAACAAAGAGGACUUCCUCCGCGCCACCUCCCUCUAUAACACGGAAGUGCUGUUGUCACACCUCAGUUACCUCAGGGACAGUUCGCUGCUGGCCUAUAAUACAACCUCCCACACAGACCAAUCCUCACGACUGAGUAUUAAAGAAGAUCCUUCUUAUGACUCUGUCAGGAGAGGAGGAUGGGGCAAUAACAUGAAUUCUGGCCUCAACAAAAGUCCGCCCCUUGGAGGAGCACAAACAAUGAGUAAGAAUACUGAGCAAAGGCCCCAACCAGAUCCGUAUCAGAUCCUGGGCCCAACCAGCAGUCGCCUAGCCAAUCCUGGAAGUGGGCAGAUCCAGCUGUGGCAAUUCCUCCUCGAGUUGCUCUCUGACAGUGCCAAUGCCAGCUGUAUCACCUGGGAAGGCACCAACGGGGAGUUCAAGAUGACGGACCCUGAUGAGGUGGCCAGACGCUGGGGGGAGCGGAAGAGCAAGCCCAACAUGAAUUAUGACAAGCUGAGCCGGGCUCUCCGAUAUUACUAUGACAAAAACAUUAUGACCAAAGUACACGGCAAAAGGUAUGCCUACAAAUUUGACUUCCACGGCAUCUCCCAAGCCUUGCAGCCACAUCCGAGCGAGUCAACCAUCUACAAGUACCCUUCUGAUAUCUCCUACAUGUCUUCCUACCAUGCCCACCAACAAAAGGUGAACUUUGUUCCCCCCCAUCCCUCCUCCAUGCCAGUCACUUCCUCCAGUUUCUUUGGAGCAACUUCACAAUACUGGACCUCCCCCACUGGUGGGAUCUACCCUAACCCCAAUGUCCCCCGCCAUCCUAAUACCCACGUGCCCUCACACUUAGGCAGCUACUACUAGAAGCUUAAUCAUCGGUGGCCUUCUAAUCGAAGCCCUAUCCCUCACACUCCUGGUAUACUUUGGACUCUAAAGGACGUAUGUGGCCUUGAAGAGAAACAAAACUGGAUGUUCUUUCUUGUUGGAUAGAACCUUUGUAUUUGUUCUUUAUAAACAUUUUUUAAAUGUUGUUAAUUUUU